AAAUGAAGCAGUUUGUCACCAAAAAAUGUCUGCUUUUUUCAUAACAUAACCUAGAAAGCAUAUUGGGCAUUCCAGGUCACGUGACUUUUGACAGGUCCGCUGGGGGGCAAACAAAGCCUAGAUCAGUAUUUACACCGUUCUUUGAGAUUGUGUUUCCGAAUUUUUGCGUUCUUAAAUUCUCUCAAUAAGUUUUAAGUUGUUUUUGUGGUAGAAGUGAUGUGAAAUGUCGGUAUGACCAAAAAAUACAAAUAAUUGCCAAUAUAGAUCCUUAUAAACUUCUACCUAAUGAGUUUACUCUAAGUAUCAAUGAGUUGCCAGAGGUUUCAAUUUUGGAUUUAUCCGAAUAUUUGACCCACACCCACAGUUACUACACAGGCUUGCAGUUGAAGGCGUAUAUAAAGGGUUAUUCAAGUUCUGCUGGACUACCUAAAAGAAAUCCGCAUUCUGUGCAAAGGAGGCAUUUUUGUUCUUUUUGAUUUGAACGCUUUCGCUUCAAUUUACUCUAGGAGUAGCCAGAGCGGAGUGACUCAAAAAAAAAAACAACCUAACCUUAAAAUUUGAUGUAAGUAAAAAGUAAAUAAACAAAUAUUUGAUUUUUGCCAAACAAAAACAACAAUUUAUUAAAAAGUAAUGUUUUUACACUCUCUAUGGAAAGAACACAAGGUAUUUAUAAAAUAUUUCAGUGCGGCAAUAAUUGGCACAAGUGCUAGCUGGGUCUAUUACCAAGUAAACCGAACCAAAUACAUCUUGGAAAAUGCCUUGGACACUUCAGUUUUACAAACUAUGGACCACUACAUUUCAAAGGAAGAAACCUUGGACGAUGACAUGAUAGAAAUCGAACCGUAUUUAGAGUACCGAGAAACUGGUGUUAUUCAAUGGAUCCUUGACUCACUCAAAUUCGCUUAUGCUAGAAGACUAUUAUCUGUGGCAAAAGAUAGCGAUAGAUAUUUCAGAACUAAAGCUGUAAACAACUUAGCCAGCAUGUACUACUUGGGCAAUUGGCAUUUUGCCUUGAUUGCCAAUAUGAUUGAUCCUCGGACCGCAGUGGCUCUUGCGCGAACCCCAAAUGUGGACAGGAGGCUAUUUUUAGGGCCACCUUAUCGGUAUCAUAACUAUAACAAGGAUGAGCUUAUAAAUGCGAUGAGGGAAUUUUUGAUUGGUGUUUAUGAAAAGUCUCGUCAUCCUUGUAUGGGGUACUUUUUGUCGAAAGUUUUUGUUUAUGAACAUGAUAGUGGACACAUAGUAGAUCACGAUUCCUCAUCACUAGAAUUAAGCAAAUUUAUCCAAUCUGAAAAAGAAGUUUUGCCCCUGUGCCUAGAAUCAUUACUGCAUCAUUGCAGCGUGGAAAAGUAUUCUGCAGAUAUUGCAGACUUAAAUGGUUUACCUUUACUUAUGGAAAUCUACAAGCGAUACUCUGAUGAUGCAAAUGUGAUUGUGAAACUGUGCCAAAUUUUGUCUUAUAUGAGUUUUAAUAGGAAUUUGUUGGAGCCAUUUUGUAAGUCAGGAUGGAUAGGUGUUCUUUCAAGUUGGGCCAAUCAUGCUGAUAUUCGUAUUUCCAUCCCUGCAGCACGAGCUUUAGCUAAUUUAGAUGAUGAUAACGCUGCUCAAUAUCCGAGUAAUUUAUAUAUUUUACAUCCGCUCAAUAGGACAAAAAAAUGUCAAGAUAUCGAUGUUAUAUUUGUACACGGUUUACUUGGAGGGGUGUUUUUCACUUGGAGGCAACGUAGAAAAAACCAAAAUACUUUAGGGUUUAUUGGUAAGAAGACACUGAACAGGAAAGAAAGUCUCAUGCCUGAUACAGAUUUGUCUCCGAAAGAUGCUCAGCCAUCUACAAAAAAGACCACUAAGGAAUUUUUGGAAAAUAUUCAAGACAAAAUUUUAACAAAUGGUUAUGAAAUAGUAUGGAACGAUAUUCCAUCAAAUUCCAAUGAAAAUUGUCCUGGUCCUUUCACAUGUCCUGGAAAAGAUUUUGAUUUUGAUAAUUUUCCUGUUGAUGAUGGUUCCUAUACUUAUUGUUGGCCAAAAGACUGGUUAGGGGCCGAUUGUAAAAAUAUUCGUAUAAUAGGAAUCAAUUAUGAUACAAGCUUAUCAAUGUGGGCUCCAUUAUGUCCACUAGAAAAAGAAAAAUUAACCCUAAAUGAAAGAAGCGAUAUGAUGGCUCAGAAAUUGAUUGAAUGUGAAGUCGGUAAAAGGCCAAUAGUAUGGAUUACUCAUUCAAUGGGAGGUUUGAUAGUUAAAAAUAUCAUUUGCAAAGCUAAUAAAAGUUCAAAUCCUGAUUUAAAAAACAUUUGUUCCAAUACAAAAGGUGUAGUGUUUUAUAGUACACCUCACACAGGUUCAAAAAUGGCUAACUUGAGUAAUGCAGUGUCUUUGGUUUUGUGGCCUUCAGUGGAGGUGCAAGAGUUAAAAGAAAAUUCUCCUCAGCUCAAGGAAAUGCACGAGCAAUUUUUAAAAAUAGCCAAAGAAAUGCCAAUGUGUAUCAUUACGUUUGUCGAAACAAAAUCCACAGUAGUGACUGCAAUGAAAUUCAAUGUUUUGUUGGUCGAACCGAAAUCUGGUAAUCCUGGUAUAGGGGAAUACUAUGAGAUACCUCAAGAUCAUCUGGGAAUUUGCAAACCAGAAAAUAGGUUUUCCUUCUUGUAUCAAAGAGUUCUUUAUUUAUUGAAAGAAAUCUCCAAAUAUGAAAAUUGUCAAACUGGCAAAAAAUAGUCAAUCAAUUCGACUCUACAUAUUUGUUCCUUUUUUCAUAUGUGAUAGAAUUCUGACUUCUGUUACCUCAAUUACAAUCAGUAAUAUUGGAUUACGGAAUAUAUGCUGCCCAUGAAUGAAGUGACACAAAAUUUUCAAAACAGAUAAUCUCAAAUUUAUAGAAGCCUCGAUUAUUGAACUUCAAUGCAAUUUUACUUUUAUUAAAAGUAUAAUGAUUAUACAAUAUUAUUUAAAAUUAAAAAAAAACUUGUAUUCACUUAUUUUGGCAAAAAAUUGAAAUACACGAUUCUUAAUUAUUCUAUAAUGAAUCUGGAUUAUAAAAAUUCUUACCUUGCGUUUUUUGAUCUAUUUUUA